AUGAAGUCUUCCAAGAACGUUAAAACUCUUUCGCCGAGAGUUGACAUCCUUACAGACUUGUUCUUGAACCCUCCAGCAACAGGAUCCAGCGGUCCAGACAAUUCCGAAUGGAUUCUCGGCUCCACACAGCAUGUACGGUGGUCAACGGAUAUGGCCGUCUUCGAUUUUCUCUUGUUUCAACAACUCGAUUGCGGUGAUCAUAGCUGUGUGAAUGGGCCAUUUUUGAUCGCAGAGAAUCUCACAAGCGAGACAAAAACAUGGGACUGGCAAGUCACCACGGGAACUAUGACGUUGAAGCCAUCCAAUACCUUUUUCCUUCGAAUGCGAGAUUCCAAUGACAAAAAAACCGAGUUUGACUCGAGCACACUUGAUUUCACUUCUCCCGAUGCACCUGGUAGUGGUGCAGACAGUCCCUCGGAAACAGCAUCACCGAGCACCCCCAAGCCUUCCAGCACCACUAUUUCUACGGCUCCCUCCAGAGUCAGCUCUUCAGCUUCUAGAACUUUGAUAUCUCUCAGUCCCAUACUGUCCCCAACAACUUCCUCUCAGUCUAUCAUACCAUCAACGACUCUCCCAGCGCCAAGUUCUCCUGGCACACCCACGACGACACCAGCCUCUCUUCCAGGAUCAUCCACAAGUGGAGUCUCAACGGGAGCAAAAAUUGGCAUGAUAGCAGGAGCAAUAUCUGCAGUCGUGCUAGCCAUAUUCAUAGGCUGGUAUCUCGGACGUCGACGAAAACUCAAAUCGACGAAAUCGCCGUUCCAUCCAUUCGAGACCCCACCUCCCGCGCCUCCAGUCCAGCUUGCCGAACUUCACGUCCCAGGAUGGGGGGAACAGAAAGUGAUUCCACCGCCUUUCACGCCUCGAGAACUGCAUGGCAAUGGCAAGUUUGAUAGCUUCAAGGGUCUAAGGGAGUUGGAUGCUUGGGACAAACCGGGUGAGCUUGAUGCGGGGAGUAGGCAGGGGGUUAAGUCGGGGGUCUAUGAGUUGGGACCACGAUAUACGUGA